UAUUUCUAGUUUUGUUCAUUGGCAAUUUAUGCUUAUUUUUCCUUUAAUUUUGUUUUUCACAUUGUCCCUUUGAUGCCGUCUUCUUUUUGCUGCAUAUAUAUCUCAACAAGCAGCAUUUUAAAUAAUUUUUCCACUCCUAUAUUCUGCUACUUUUCUAUGCGGUAGACUUGCUAAAUGAUUUAUUUCGACAUAAGCUACAUUAGAGUAAGAGUUUAGCAAAGAGCAAAGUAUAUCGGACUUUCAACUAGACCUUACAAAUCAUGCUGUUACUCAGUAAGGAAAAAGAAAACAAAUCCUUUAUUGUCUACGUGAUCACACUUUUCUAUUCUUUUUUCUUUUCUUUUAUCAAAAGCGUAUCUUAUGUCUAUGAAAGAAAGUAUACCAUCCUCUUCUUUACUGACUGUACUCUAUGACAACAAUAAUAGCUGCCUUUCUAUUCUCACAAAACUAUUUAUUAAAGAAGCAAUUUAUGCUCAAAUCACCCGAGAUGAAGCUUUGAAUGCUUGUAGAUCCGUUUUGACAUGUUUCGAGAUAUCAAAGGAGAAGAGAAGAAUGGUUGAACAAAGGCUAUUUGACUCACUUGUUGCUAAUCAAGUGUUAAUUCCCUCAUCAAAAAAUAUAUACUUGAUCUAUAAUAAUUAUCCACAAGGUGUUUUAAUUGAUUUUACUCAGUGCUAUUCUCCUUUAUGUAAAACUUCGAGUCUUGGAUGCUAUUCACCUUCCUGCCCCAAGAAGUCUCAAACAAACUUUUGCGUUAUAUCAACUGAGCAAAGAAUGAACAUAGACAUCUGGACCUCAAAGAUUCCUCGUUCUAUACUUGAAAACCUACCUUCAAAAGAAAAGAAACGACAGCUAGCAAUAGAAGAGCUACAGAGCUACGAAUACAAUUUCCUUAGACAACUUAAUGUCAUACGAGAUGUGUUUGCACAACCAUUGCUUUCAUCAUCUACAACGAUAGAAGAAUCUCGAAAAUAUGCAUUUCAUGAUCUGUUGUUUGGCAACCAUUAUGUCUUGGCACGCCUUCACAAAAAAAUCCUUCGAGAUUUGGAGCUAUCAAGAGACAGUUCAAACUAUCACUUGUUUCCUGAUUCAAUCACUUUAGGAAACCUGCUGCUGAAGCGAUUCUCAAAGCUGACAGAGCCAUAUGUAGAAUAUGUUUCAAAUCAUGUGUUUGCUAAACAACAGUACAAUCUAGAAUAUAACAGAAAUGAGACGUUUCAGCAAUUUAUAGAACAACAAGAAGGGAUGGAGCGAGAGUUCCGUAUUCCGUUAAAAGACUUGUUGAUAUCACCAAUUGUUAGAAUGCCCAAGUACGACUUACUUUUCACAACAAUCCUUAAAAAUUCUAAGGAAGAAGAACAAACAUGUUUGAUUCAGCUAAUUGACCUAGCAAGAAACAUCGUCCAUACAAUUAACGAGGCAACACGACAAGCAGAGGCCGAACAAAGACUAACGCAGAUCAAAGUGGGGCUCCGAGUUCGGCGACCUAGUAUCCGUCGUCAUUCAUCCCGAGUUCCACAGAUUGUACCUGAUGAUGCCACGCUCUUGUUUGAAGGUCAAGUCGAUCUGAUCAAAGCGCCACCUAUUCCGCCUGCUCAGUGCCAAUUAUUUUUGUUCUCCAAUGCACUUGUUAUCACUCAUAAGCGGAAUACGCCGGACGGAGAAGAAGAAUAUACACUUGUAGAUAGGCCAAUUCCAUUACAUAUGCUACACAUGGAAAAAGUAUCACGCUUAUCCUCUUUGCGUACUGUCUAUCAGCAGGCAAGUAUUUUGUCAUCGAUACGUCGACAGUUCAGUCAUUCUGGAUCUUAUGGUAGUACACAUAGUCGUCGCCGUCGUUUUCGUCGUCGUUGGAGUAGUAACAGACAAGCUGUGUCCGAUGUAAUAAGUGUUCCUUCAGAUGAUAGUUUAUCUAUCUCCUUGACUAUACAUACUAUUUCUGGACUAAAGAUUCGUCAUCGCAUCAAAACUAUCCAGCAAAAGAUCAAAAGAACGACAAGUAAGACAGUGCCCUUGCCUGAAAAGAGUGCUUCCUUCUCAUUUAAUGGAAACCAGACUACACCGCUCUUACAGAAAUCAGCAACAUAUCCUUCACGCGCCAACUCUCCUCAUAUGAUGAGAUCAAGGCUUUUACAAAUAUCUCAUAUGGCUGAUCCUAAUUUACAUUAUGUCUUUGAAUGUCCCUCUGUAGAAAAUCGACUCUCAUGGACAAGUAAGAUUCGAUCUGUAUUACCAAACCCUAGUUAUGAGCCAUUUGCGCUCGAAGCUUUAUGUGCUACAUCAAAUUAUUCUAGCUUACAUAGUGUCAAUGGAAAAUAUGCUACUGGGUGUGGUACCAUUUGGUGUUCAUUGUCUUUUAUUACUCCAAAUGGUCGUGGUGUCAUUGCUUUAGGAACUCGAUAUGGAGUCUGGGUUGCAAGUGAUGAUGGAUCAGAGCCAUUUAAACAGAUAUUGCCUCAUAAUUGCCAUCAAUUAGAAUUGUUCAAUAGUCGUAUUCUGAUCGUAAGGGGAAAUAGUCCUAAUCGUGUCCUUGGUGGUAUUUUAAUAGACCAUAUAUAUCCAUCUUCUUCUCCUCAACUAUCUAUAUUUUCACCCCAUAUAGAUCUAUCAGUUCAUUCUAAAAACUUUGAGAUUAUAGAAAAGUCUGGUGUCAUUCACUUUGCAGUGGGCACUUUACGAGGAGAUCCUAUCUUGUGCUAUUUACGCCGCCGACGUACAGGAUCCUUUCGCCUUGGACUUUUGUUUUAUCGAGCAGACAAUACCUUUGCCACACCAUGGUUCAAAAAAUUCAAGGAAUACAAACCUUUGUUUAUUCAACCUUCAGAACUAAAAAUCAUACAUGACUAUGCUUUUAUUUUAUCAAGAUCAGAAGGUGUUGAAAAAGUCGAUUUGUCAAGCUGGGUCUUGAAUUCCAAUACAACAAGUGCUUUUCAACACAUCAAGUAUUCUCAUCGAAUUGAUUUACCUUCUUCACAUCAACUAUCAAGCAAUUAUACAGUAGACGACCCUGCACUGAUUACAGUUGGCUAUGUAUCUCUAAGCCAACCGAAAACAGGACUGAUAUGUAGUGGAAAAUCUGCCUUCCCGGUAGCUGAUGCCAACGCUGAUUUAUUACAACAAGAGAUUGAGUUUGAAUCAGAAGCCAAAACUGUUGCUGUUUGUUAUCCAUACCUUAUUAUUUUCUCGACCCAUGUUAUAGAAAUAAGACACUUGGAGACUGCUGCACUUGUACAAGCUAUUCCUGGCAAAAAGAUUCGGUAUUUAUAUACUUGUCAAAAUAAUCCGCGUUCGCCUGUGAUCCAUUUAUCUAUGCUUCAUCCUGAUCAAGACCAAACCAAAGUUCAUUUGUUGUAUCUCAAAGAGCCAAUUGUAUUUGACAAAGAUGAAUGAACAUUUGCGUGUGUGAGUGAGGUGUUUAUAGCGGACAUUAAACACGGCGACCAAAAGAAGAAACGCAUUUCAUGUUUCUUUCUUUUUCCCUUCUUUAUUAUUGUUUUUUUUUUCUUUUUGCU